CAUUACUGUGAAAAUUAACUUGUAUCAAUCUAAAACCUUUUAAAUUGUGACCUAACCACAUCUAAUAAUUUAUUAAUUUAGUUAUUGAAAAGAUGGCUUUAAAACGUAUUAAGAAAGAAUUGGAAGAUUUAAAGAGAGAUCCUCCUGCCCAAUGUAGUGCUGGACCUGUUGGUGAUGAUUUGUUUCAUUGGCAAGCAACUAUAAUGGGACCUCCAGAUAGUCCAUAUCAAGGCGGUGUAUUCUUUCUAACAAUUCAUUUUCCAACGGAUUAUCCUUUUAAACCACCCAAAGUAGCUUUCACAACGCGAAUAUACCAUCCUAAUAUAAACAGUAAUGGUUCUAUUUGUUUGGAUAUACUGAGGUCACAAUGGUCGCCAGCUCUAACCAUAUCCAAAGUACUGCUAUCUAUAUGCUCUUUACUUUGUGAUCCAAACCCAGAUGAUCCGUUGGUACCUGAGAUCGCUAAGGUGUAUAAAACAGACAGAGAGAAGUAUAACGAAAUGGGACGUGAAUGGACUAGAAAAUAUGCCAUGUGAUGCCAUAAUAGGAGUAAAGAAUGUCACUGAUCAAUCUUAAAUCCUUUUUCUUUAUCUUCUCUCUUUUCCUUUACUCUAUUGCUAUCAAGAGUUUUUCUUGAGAUAAUUGUUCUCUCUCUUGAAUUUAUUCUUCUUUCUUCCAUUAAAAUGUUGAUUUCCGCUUGA